AUGCGUUUCUCACAGGUGUUGACCACCGCGUUUGCGGCCGGUGUCGCAACGGCCGAGCCGCUGGCCAACGUGCUUGCCGCCAACAACAAUACGCUGAGCACCUUGAACUCCAUUUUGGCCGGCAUGCCGCAGUUCACGCAGGCGUUGACGACCGCCAGCAACAUCACGGUCCUGGCGCCGUCCAACGACGCCUUUGAGCAGGCCAUGAAGGCCAUGCCCAUGCUCACAAGCGACAUGAACAUGGUCACAGCGCUUCUUCAGUACCACGUCAUGCCUGGUGUUAUGAUGUCCUCAGCCUUCACCGAGACGCCACAGUUCGUCAGCACCCUCAUGGGUAUGCCGUUCGCUAUGGUCAACGGCAACCAGAAGGUUGAGUUGCUCAAGAUGGACAACAUGGCCAUGAUCUUCUCUGGCUUCAAGCAGAUGAGCAGCGUCACCAAGGCUGAUAUCACCUUUGACGGUGGUGUCGUGCACGUCAUCGACAAAGUUCUCACCAUCCCGAUGUCCCCGUCCGUCACGGCCGUCGACAUGGGACUGACGUCUCUUGCCGGCGCACUCACAAAGACCAACAUGGUGACAGCCGUGGACGGCCUGUCGGAUGUGACCAUCUUCGCACCUUCGAACAAAGCAUUUGAGGCGAUUGGAUCAGCGGCUGAGGGCGCCUCCACGACAGACUUGUCUACUAUCUUGAGCUACCACGUCCUCCACGGCGGCGAAAUGGCCAUGUUCAGCACCAAUCUCCUGAUGGGCAGCAGCACGUCGGGGACGACCAUGGCCAUGCCCGGAAUGGCAGGGAUGGAAGGGAUGCCCAUGAGGAGGCAGGCUAUGACUAGCACGCCUAUGAUGUUCGAGACCCUGCAGGGCGCCAGUCUCAACGUCCGCAUGGAGAACGGCAAGGUCUUUGUCAACUCGGCCAUGGUCACUACAGCCGACAUCAUCGUGUCGAACGGAGUCAUCCACGUCAUAGACAACGUCCUCAACCCCAUGAUGCCAGGCGCCACGCCAAACCCAAGCGCCACAACCCAAACACCUGCCUUCUCAGGAGCGACGGCCGUGCAGGAAGCGCCGUUCACCUCGGGCAUCACGCCCACAACUACCCUCACGGCCGGCGGCAUGACCGGGAAUGGCGCCGGCGUGUUCGCCGCCGUACCCACUGCUGCUAUCCUGGGUGCUGUCGGCGGUGCUGCGCUAUUGGCAGGAUUGUAA